AUGGAGUAUGUGGCCACUAAGAAGAGAUGGGGUCUGGCCUUGUGUGCGCUCCGUCUGCGGCACAGGGCUCUUCGAAACAGGCCUGAGACGCAGCAGAAAGCCCCGGUGAGCGCCCCUCCUCCCCCGCCGCCCCCACCACCUCCCCCUGAGCCGGCAGGGCCCCCAGAGCCGGAGGAGGAGAUCCUGGGCUCCGACGAUGAGGAGCAAGAGGACCCCGCAGACUACUGCAAAGGAGGGUACCAUCCGGUGAAGAUCGGGGAUUUGUUCAACGGGAGGUACCAUGUGAUCAGGAAGUUGGGGUGGGGCCACUUCUCCACCGUAUGGCUAUGCUGGGACAUACAAGUGAAGAACUUUGUGGCGAUGAAGGUGGUGAAGAGUGCCCAGCAUUACACAGAAACGGCCCUGGAUGAGAUCAAACUGCUGCGAUGUGUGAGAGAGAGCGACCCCAUCGACCCCAACAAGGACAUGGUGGUUCAGCUGAUAGACGAUUUCAAGAUCUCUGGAGUCAACGGCAUUCAUGUGUGUAUGGUGUUUGAGGUGCUGGGUCACCACCUACUGAAGUGGAUUAUUAAAUCCAACUAUCAAGGCCUGCCGCUGCCAUGUGUCAAGAGCAUUAUAAAACAGGUCCUGCAGGGUCUGGACUACCUCCACACUAAAUGUAAAAUCAUCCACACGGACAUCAAGCCAGAAAACAUCUUGAUGUGUGUAGAUGAUGCGUUUGUUAGGCGCAUGGCCAUGGAGGCGACCGAAUGGCAGAAAGCUGGAGCGCCCCCACCGUCUGGAUCAGCAGUUAGCACAGCCCCCCAGCUCAAACCGGUGGGGAAGAUCUCCAAGAAUAAGAAAAAGAAGUUGAAGAAGAAACAGAAGCGGCAGGCUGAGCUGCUGGAGAGGCGGAUGCUGGAGAUCGAGGCUCUGGAGCGAGAAGCUGAGAAGAAGGAGGAGAGAGCCAAAGAAGGGGGAGAGAAAGGGGCACAUGAACACAACCUGCCUUCACCACUGCAGCCACCGCCACCAGGCCCCAUCAUGGCCUUGGGAGAGAGCGAUGAUGAUGAUGAGGAUGAGGAGGAUGGGGAAGAUGAGGAGGAGGAGGGAGGAGAGAGGGAGAGGCCCAUCCGGUUGACCAAUCAUACAUGCGCAGCGCAUCCCGAGGAGCAGAGCGAGGCACCCCACACUGAUGAUGACCCUGAUGACGAGGUGGAGGAUGAGGAUGAGGAUCGCACGCCCAUCGCUGAAAAUAAUGACCCCAUUUUCCCCACAACUGAAGAAGGUAAUGCAGAUCCAACACAGCCAGAGGUCGUGGAAGGAGAGGAGGGGGAGGAGGGAUUGAAAGAUGCAGAUGAUGACAAUGAGGAAGAGGAGACUGAAACAGAGACUGAGGAGAAAUUAGAGGAAGAGGAGGAGGAGGAGGAGGAGGAGGAGGAGGAGGAGGAAGAAGAAGAAGAGGAGGAGGAUAAAGAGACUGAAAAGGGGGAAAAUGAGACAGAGGAGCCAAAGAGUGAGAGCAAAACACAGAAGGAGGCAGUGGUGGAGGAAGAUGAGUCGAAGGAGGAAGAGGGGGAGGACGAGGAAGAAGAAGAGGAGGAAGAUGAGGGGGAGGACGAGGAUGAUGAAGAGGAAGACGACGACCCGGACACAACGACUGAAGUCCUCACGGAGGCCAACUCCCCCAUAAAAUCCCACAUCAACAAAACCAAUUUGGCCAAAACGAACGGCCACGUUUUGUUGGGGUCUGAGGGACUGAAACCCAAUCCUGGCAUGCCUCCGCCCCCCUCACCCACCCCUGAGCCUCUCCUCUGCCCCCUGGUGGAGUCUGAGCUCAGCUACACGGACAGGGACAACUCUCUCAGCUCUGGUUAUGAGAUGUAUAAUGGCGAGGUGAAUGAGCGGGGGCUGACCAAUGGCUCCAGCGAGCGCCAUCGGGCCAUGCUGCCUAUCUUCCCUGAUUUACCCCUGGAUCCUGAGCCAGGAAACCCCAUACCGGUCGGGACAGCAGACAUCGGAGCAGGACCAUCACCCAACAACCCCACAGCUGACCGAAGUCGCACUGUCUCAUCCUCAAGCACGGGAGAUACACCCAAAGUCCGGGCCAGAGCUGCAGACCUCCUGAUCAAUCCAUUAGACCCGCGCAACGCUGAAUCUAUUCGAGUCAAAAUCGCUGAUCUUGGAAAUGCCUGCUGGGUGCACAAGCACUUUACAGAGGACAUCCAGACAAGACAGUAUCGUUCCAUUGAAGUCCUGAUUGGAGCUGGUUACAGCACUCCUGCUGACAUCUGGAGUACUGCCUGCAUGGCGUUUGAGCUGGCCACUGGAGAUUACCUGUUUGAGCCCCAUUCUGGAGAGGACUACUCCCGUGAUGAGGACCACAUAGCCCACAUCAUAGAGCUGCUGGGCUGUAUUCCAAGGCACUUUGCGCUCUCCGGAAAAUAUUCCCGGGAGUUCUUCAACAGAAGAGACCACAUCGCUCUGAUCAUGGAGCUCCUUGGGAAGGUCCCACGCAAAGUGGUCGCUGCCGGGAAGUACAGCCGAGAGUUUUUCUCCAAGAAAGGUGAGCUGCGGCACAUCACUAAGCUGAAGCCAUGGUCCCUGUUUGAUGUGCUGGUGGAGAAAUAUGGCUGGUCGCAUGAGGACGCCGGCCAUUUCACUCACUUCCUUCUGCCCAUGCUGGAGAUGGUGCCUGAGAAGAGGGCCUCGGCCGGCGAUUGCCUCAACCACCCUUGGCUCAACUCGUAGCCACAAACUCUGAUCAGACGCCCUCCUCCCCUUGUCCCCAAACAGUUAGCCCAAACAUCACCCCUGGUGGCAGCCUGUGGAACAGCGUGGAGUCAGAGUAGAUAAGAAAGACUUCCUGCCCUAUCUCGCACCCUCACAUGCUAAUCUGAGUAGGCUUAACACCCACACAAGCCCCUCCAUCUUUUCCAAAAAGGAAUGUAAAGAAAGGUGUGUGGAGAUAUGACAUAGUUGCUGUGUCUUCCAAAACAUCUCCCAAGAAGAAUCUGAUAAUUUGAGGAUGUAUGCUGCUUGAACCAUAAAAUGGAGAAGUCACAAUCUGUCUCCAGUCUGAAGAGAGAUGUGAUUUUUCUUCUCUUCUGCCAUCAAGAUGUUAGCCUGUCCCUUCUAUCAUCAAUCUACCUAUCUCCUCUUAAGUCUCACCUUUACAUUAUUUGGAUCCAGUC